GCCAAAAACUGCAACUAUGGCGGAUUUACAUUUGUAUAUUUAUCAUUGGAAAUAAAUUUUCGUAAUUUCAGGUUCUGAAAGAGAUAGUCUAGCGUGCGCGCAGCCAAUCCCUGCUCCGAUCUCUUUCCUAUUUCUGCUUCAGACGGCUCUUCUAACCAAGAUUUUCAUCUCUCUUGCCUUUUCUUUCCAUGUCAAAACCCUAAGAGUUCAGCUAUAAAUAAUGGUACCCAGUUUCCGGGGAAGAAGAUCUAACCAUGAGGGGUUAGUGAUUGAGGAUUCCCUCUGGAUCGAUUCAUGUUCCUCCAGAAUGCUUGCAAUUUCGUCGAAAGUUUCGAAUUGCUUCUGCUAGCUUCCGUUAAAAUUCCUUGUAUUCUAGCUUCUGAAGAUUUCUGUUUCUGUUCCCGAUCUUUCAAAUGAUUUCGAAUCCCAACUUCAUCUAUUAUGCCUGCAUUGCUAGAGGAAACACAGUCCUCGCUCAAUAUAGGUCCAAGGAACCGAAGAUCGAAGAGUUAGCUGCAGAAUGCCUUGCCAAAACCCCUCUCCACCAUUCCAUCUUCUCUCACACUGUCAAGAAAAGGACUUACACGUUUGUGAUUCAUGAACCUUUUGUCUAUUUUGCGAUAUUUGAUGAAGAGCUCCUGAAGUCAGAGGGUUUCUGGUUCUUGAAUCGCAUCAAGAGCGUGCUUGAUGAGGUAUUGAACGGCGGGUUGAUCAUGGGUUCGGAAGAUUUUACUCCCCUUUGUUUCCAAUCACAAUUUGAUCCCUUCUUUCGCAAAACAUUGGCUCUGGAUUUGAAUUCGGAUUCGGAUUUGGACUCUCUAGAUCCGCAGCGGGGCGAGGACUCGGACAGCCGAAACUCCGGCAUGGAUUCUGUCCAAGGGAAGAGAUCGGCGAUGGCCCCCUUGCUUGCGAUGCCUGGGUUGAAGAAGAAGAAGAGGGUGAACACGGAAGCCAAUGAUAUGGAUGUGAAAAAUGGUGCAACGGAGAACAAGGUGGAUUUGUGUGAUUGCUUAGAUGGUUUUGCCAGAGAUUUUCCAUUUCCAGGACCCAACAAGAGCGUGAUCAACGAUCGACAAAAAGCAAAGCAAAUAUGGAAGAAGCAUGUGUGGGUGGUUCUGAUGCUGGAUGUAUUUGUAUGUGCAGUUUUGUUUGUGAUAUGGUUAUGGGUUUGCAGAGGGUUCAAGUGCAUGGAUAGAUGAAUCCAAGGAGACUGAAAUAGCCUCUUUUUUGUCCCUUGUUUGGGGAUUGUUCACUUGUUUCCUUCCAAGUUCCUUUUGAAGACCAUGAACUGCAGAGCCAAACUGUGUAAAUGGGAAAACGGGUAUAUAUGUAUGUAUGUGGAAUUGGGGGUUUGGGUUUGCUUCAGCUCAUUUUUGAUUUCCUCUUGGAAAUUUCCCCACUGAAGGGAAACGAUUUAUGAAUGAAUAUGUGAAGAUUUACUAAUUCAUCUUGUUCUUUCUGUUCUCAUACCCUUAUUUGACUUUAUUGAAUGAUUAGAGACAAAUU